AAUCUGACACAGAAAGAACAUUAUUUACCUCAACGACAGAUCAGGCGCCAAUUCCAGUUGAAGGAACUGUCACAUUUGCAGUAGUUAUUGUAAUUGCUGAAACAUUCGUGCCCGAACUGCAGAACAGGGGAAGUCAGGCUUUCAGAAUUUUGAGAAGUAGAUUCCUCGAAUUCUUGAUUCGAAUAUACCAAAAUAGACGUGGUUUUAUUGGCAUAAUCUUUAAUUCAUUUUCCCAAGGAAGUGUUGUUGCAGAUAUUGAAAUAUUAUUUAAUUCCACCCAACCAAUUCCGACUGUUGAGGAAGUUCAAUCACCAAUCGCCGAAGCAAGAGAUAAUGGAUCGGCGCCGUUUAAUAUUUCAAGUUUACAAGUCACGAAAAAGGGCGAGUCACAAGAUGGAUUCGAAACAUGGAAGAUUGGUGUCACUGUAUGUCUUGCCUUCGUACUUCUUCUUCUUAUUUUUAUUUCAGCUGUGGUGAGUAUUAGUUUUACUUUGGGAAGGUUAAAUGCGGACAAUGCACUUUUUGAUAGUGCGGCCAGCAUGUAUGUCAACAGUAACAAGACAAAAAGGACAAUACAACUAAAGAAAACAUUUUGUGUGGAAGGAGGAACAAAUAGGGUUUCCUUUUGUUUCAGUUUGUGCAAAACCAAUCACAAAACAUGUAAAAAGAAAAGGUGUAAAAUUGUAAUUGGUUGACAAGUAUUGAAAUGAACAUUAAACUGCCUUUUCGAAUUCCGUUCGAAUAUUUAGAAGAUUGUCACAUACAAUGUGAACCAAAAAAUUUGUUCCCUGACAGCAGCCCUACAUGAUAUGAAGAGAACGCUAUUUAUUUCCUAUUUAAAUCCGUACCACACAAAACAACACCAAUCGUAACACACCUUUUCAUAACCCUUAGAAGUAGUCACUAGACGCAAAAAUAUCUUGCAUGGAAAAAAUAUCUUGCAUGGAUAGAAUCUCCUCCCAUGAUAAAUCUAUGUCCAUGCCAUUUUCGUAUCCCUCCACUUUUGAUAUUUCGAAAACGAAUGCAAAUUUAUUAUUUAGAUACUCAACUUUUCCGAAAAAAUUUACUUAACUUCAGCGAAAACUCGUUUCGCAAUGCAUAUUAGCCAAUCACAAAAAGCAAAACGAUUUUCUCACACGCCAGAAAAGUCCAAUAUUAAAAAUGAGACAACGAUGACAUAUGAAUAAAUUUACUCUCACGGGAGGAAUAUAUUCCCGCCCUUUAGUUUGACUUUGUUUCUGAACAUAGACCUUAUAUUUUCUUGCUUUUUUUUUCUUGUUUGAAUGAAUUGUAUGCCUUAUGUGGAGGAUUGGAAAUAUACGUACGUUAACAUUUACUGUUUCAUAAGAACUAUGAUUUUAUAUGAUUCAGUAUAAAUAUCAGGUAUUUCUUCAACAAUGACGAACACAUAAAAAAUGGCGAGUUCAACAGCCUGUCCUACACUAACAAUUGCGACUUCAAUUAGCCAUUCCGAAGUUGAUGAAUGGACUGGGGACGAGUGUUAAAAAGUGCCCAAAUUACGAAAUGAACCAAAUCACUAAAAAGACCACCUCAAAAUUAGUAAGUAUACAAAGUCUAAAGACGUUUACAUGAAUACCCGGCCCUUCGAAUAAUAAGCUUUCGAAAAUUGUGAAAUUGACUGCUGAUAAAAAGAUUGUUUUUGGGACGCGCGUCGCCGAAAACAAAAAUUACAAUACAUUUUAUAGUAAAUAUCACGAUUUUCGAAAGCUUAUUAUUCGAAGGGUAUUUAUUAAUAUGAACUUCUUCAAACUUUGUAUACUUACUAAUUUUGAGGUGGUCUUUUUAGUGAUUUGAUUCAUUUCUUCAUUUGGGUACUUUUUAACACUCGUCCUCAGUCCACUCAUCAACUUCGGAAUGGCUAAUGGAAGAAAAAACUUGGUAUCUGUAUUGUAUUUUUCUCGCUCAUUGCAUUCACUCAUUCGCUUUCUAAAACCAAAUUAGCGCGUGCGAAAAUACCAUAUGCCUGCACUUUCUGUGAAGAAACGUCUAUAUCUACAUCCACCCUCGUUUUCUGUGUCGUUUUAUGAAUCUUUCACUGGUGAACGAUGUGUUUUCAUAUUUUGCAGGAAUAGUAUGCAUUUAUUUUGUCGUUACUUAUGAAAGGAUCUUCUAGGAAAAAAAUGCUUUUUUGAUUGCAGGUUAUUGUUAAUGGAAGCAAAGGAAAACAGGCACGAUCUAACUUGAAAAAUCGUAGAAAUAGCUUUGACUUGGAUUUUGAUCUCUUUUCUUCUGAUGGUGGUAAAUUUAAUGCUAUUCCG